CAAGAUCGAGCAACAGAGAGACUCCACAUUCCACUAGCAAUUCAGACUUGACAGAAUCACCAUGUCGUCCUAUUCCAAGGCCAGCAAUGGUGGUGGGAAGCUGGUCUGCGUCACCGGCGCAGGCGGCUUCAUCGGCUCGUGGGUGGUCAAGGAGCUGCUCCUGCGCGGGUACCGUGUCAGGGGAACUGCAAGGGACCCUGCUGACAGCAAGAACGCGCACUUGCUUGCGCUGGAGGGGGCCAAGGAGAGGCUCACCCUCUGCCGCGCCGACGUCCUGGACUACGAGUCCCUCCGCGCCGCGUUCAGCGGAUGCCAUGGCGUCUUCCACGUCGCCUCCCCGGUGUCCAACGACCCUGAGCUCGUGCCGGUGGCCGUGGAGGGCACCAGGAACGCGAUCGACGCCGCGGCAGACGAGGGCGUUCGCCGCGUGGUCUUCACCUCCUCGUACGGCGCCGUCCACAUGGACCCCAACCGGAGCCCCGACGCCGUCCUCGACGAGACCUGCUGGAGCGACUACGAAUUCUGCAAGCAGACAGAUAACCUGUACUGCUGCGCCAAGAUGAUGGCGGAGAUCACGGCGACGGAGGAGGCGGCGGCGCGCGGGCUCCAGCUGGCGGUGGUGGUCCCCUGCAUGACCAUGGGCCCCAUGCUGCAGCAGGCGCUCAACUUCAGCAGCAACCACGUGGCGCGCUACCUCAUGGGCACCAAGAGGUCCUACCCCAACGCCGUCGCCGCCUACGUCGACGUCCGCGACGUCGCGCGCGCGCACGUCCUGGCGUACGAGCGCCCCGGCGCGCGCGGCCGCUACCUCUGCAUCGGCACCGUGCUGCAUCGCGCUCAGCUCAUCGCCAUGCUCAGGGAGCUCUUCCCGCAGUACCCCGUCACGGCCAAGUGUGAGGACGACGGCAAGCCGAUGGCGAAACCGUACAAGUUCUCCAACCAGAGGCUCAAGGACCUGGGCUUGGAGUUCACUCCGCCGAAGAAAAGCUUGUAUGAAGCAGUGGUGUGCAUGCAGCAGAAGGGGCACCUGCCAGUCAUCAGGGAGCAGCCUGCAUACUUGUAAAAUCCGGCCCGGCGCGCUGGGGACUUCCUGGAUGAAAUAAAAACACAAGGACAUUGCAAAUUUAGUACAUAUUUUUUUAAGUUAUUCUUGAAAAAAAAUCUACAAGUAUUUGGUGAAACAGGAGGGGUAUUCCUUACUGUAAGCAUUCUUGUAUGAUAUCAUACUACAUGUAAAACUGUUAAUGUGAUGGGUAAUAAGGUGCUUAAAAAUA